AUGGCACGUUCGACACUGCCGCAACGGCUGUUGCAGACAGUCUUGCUAUGCCUCUGCGCAACAUACACCAGUGCUCUGACACUGGAUCCAACCAGCGCAGAUUCGAUCCGACAGGUCUCGUCACAAGUCGCACACGGAUUGAUGAAGUACUACACGGGAAACAAUACAGGAGACGUACCAGGAAACUUGCCCGACCCAUAUUACUGGUGGGAGGCUGGUGCCAUGUUUGGAGAGAUGAUUGAAUACUGGUACUACACUGGAGACACGACAUACAACGCCAACGUCAAGCAAGCCAUGCUACACCAAGUCGGCGAGAACAAUGACUACAUGCCCGCGAAUCAGACAAAGAGCUUGGGAAAUGACGAUCAAGUCUUCUGGGCAUUCGCCGCAAUGACAGCCGCCGAAGUUGGAUUCGAGGAUCCUCCGGAAGGUUCUCCCUCGUGGCUAGCGCUAGCACAAGCCGUCUUCAACGAACAAACUGAUCGAUGGGACACGCAAACCUGUGGCGGUGGUCUCCGUUGGCAGAUCUUCUCAUUCAACGUCGGCUACAACUACAAGAACUCGGUCUCUAACGGAGGUCUUUUCCAGCUCGCUGCUCGCCUUGGUCGCUACACUGGCAACCAAACAUAUGUCGAUUGGGCCAACAAAGUCUGGGACUGGUAUGAAGACUCGGCCUUGUGGGACGCCAAGCAGUUCACCAUUCUCGACGGUGCAGGCACGACCGACAACUGUUCUGAAGGUAGCAAGGAGCAGUGGUCUUACACGUAUGGCGUCUUUCUGUCUGCUUUCUCCUACAUGUAUAAUCAUACCGAAGACGAAGCCUGGCUGACCCGUAUCGACGGCAUGCUGAACACAACUGCGACCAACUUCUUCCCUGCGAGUAUGGGACCCAACAUCAUGGUUGAGACGACCUGCGAGCCUCUUGGAAACUGCAACACCGAUCAGCGCUCCUUCAAGGCCCAUCUUUCACAGUGGAUGGCCAUCACCGCACAACUUGUCCCCAAAUAUCACGACCGAAUCUUCGAUCUCCUAGCACCCUCUGCUAAAGGUGCUGCUGGUCAGUGCGACGGUGGAACCGAUUCCGUCACCUGCGGCCGUAGAUGGAACAGCACCGUCUGGGACGGCACCUACGGUGUAGGUGAACAAAUGAGCGCAUUAGGUGUCAUCCAGACGAAUAUGAUGAACGUCAUAUCCCUGAAGCCGCCGUAUACCUCAGACUCGGGCGGCACCAGUAAGAGUGACCCCAAUGCAGGAACUGGCACCAGUGGCACAUCAUCUUCGAAUGGUCAGGCGAUCCAUCUUACGCCUAUAACCUUAGGUGACAGGGCUGGCGCGGGCGCCAUCACUGCUGCCGUUGUUCUUUUCCUCAUGGGCGGUACAGCCUGGUUGCUUAUUGCUUGA